AAUAACUCCACGAUGGAAACGAUGGAGAUGAAGGAUAUCCAGCUCUCAGAACCCAUGGGGAUCUCCAACAGUCAGAGCUUUAACCUGGAAUUUGACGACAACACCUCAGACUCACCUGGAUACAGAGUUGCGUUGCCACAGUCCAGGUAA